AUGCGUUCGUCGCUGAUGUCUAUGGCCAUCCUGGGCGCUGCUGUUGCGUCCGCGGCUCCUACUCGCGUCUCGAGCCUCGUCAAGCGUGCCAGUAGUUCAUGCAUUUUCAACUCGGCUGCCAGCGCCAGUGCUAGUGCCAGCUCCUGCUCAACCAUCGUGCUGAGUGAUAUCGAGGUUCCUGCUGGCGAAACCCUUGAGUUGAAAGACCUUGAAUCCGGUACCAAGGUCAUCUUCGACGGCGAGACCACCUUCGGUUAUGAGGAAUGGGAUGGACCCCUGAUCCGCAUCUCCGGCUCCGGGGUUACAGUGUCUGGUACCUCCAAUCACAGCAUUAAUGGCGAUGGGUCUCGCUGGUGGGACGGUGAGGGUACUAAUGGCGGCAAAACGAAGCCCAAGUUCUUCUACGCGCACGACUUGGAUGAUUCGAUCAUCACUGGCCUGAACAUCAAGAACACCCCGGUCCAGGCCUUUAGCGUGCAGUCGGACAAUCUGGUUCUGAGUAGCAUCACGAUUGAUAACUCCGACGGCGAUGACAAUGGUGGCCACAACACCGACGGAUUCGAUGUGAGCGAGAGCACCGGGGUCACCAUCCGCAACGCGGUCGUGAAGAACCAGGACGAUUGUCUGGCUAUCAACUCUGGCUCGAACAUCAUCUUCACCGGUGGUACUUGUUCGGGAGGCCAUGGUCUGUCUAUUGGCUCCGUCGGUGACCGUGACGACAACACUGUCAAGAAUGUUACUAUCUCGAGCUCCACCGUGACCGACUCUGCCAACGGCAUCCGAAUCAAGACCAUCUCUGGCGCGACUGGCUCCGUCUCAGGUGUCACCUUCUCAGACAUCCAGGUCUCUGGGAUUACCGAUUACGGUAUCGUCAUUGAACAAGACUACGAGAAUGGCAGCCCAACUGGCACCCCCACCACGGGCGUUCCCAUCACCGACCUGACUGUGGAGAGCAUCACUGGGUCAAUCGAGAGCGAUGCUGUGGAUGUCUACAUUCUGUGUGGUGAUGGAAGCUGCUCUGACUGGACUUGGUCAGAUGUUGAACUCACUGGCGGUGAAGACAGCGAUGAGUGUGAGAAUGUGCCCUCCGGUGCAUCCUGCUAA